CCGGCCAGUCAAUAUCACUUACAAUUCAAUUCAAAUCACCUCGCUUUUACACAUACCAUCACAAUGGCCUCUUUUAAUGACAAAAAGGACAAAGAAGUUGCUCUUGAUGCUCCUCCUCCAGGCUAUGAAGAAGCCGCUCCCUCUGCUGCCUCUUCAGGCUUCGUCUCAACCAGCGAGCUGCAAAUAAACGCGCUGGGCUACGAUACAAAUCAGGCGCUGACAGGCAAAAUGCUGGAAAACAUCACCGUCUAUCGCGUCGACUCGGGCCAACCAGAAUACAUCUCAGUGCGCCAAAAGGCCAGCUCCAAUUCGUGCGCCCUGGUCAAGGCCUCUGACCCUGGCCAAAACACACUCAUUUCAACCAUUUACCGCUGGGGUCCCGGCCGUCAUCCAAAGAUGCACCUGUUACCUUACGACUCUACCGUUUCGGUCGAGCAGGCCAUAGAAAACGACAACAUUGCCGGCGAGGAAGUCAAGGUGGUGAGUCGCAAGUGGUAUUCGCGCGACCAAGUCUUCCACACAUCGCUCGGCGAGUUCACAUGGACCUAUGGAGACCGAGAUGAAAAAGCUGAGCUAGAUGCAGACUCACUCUUGGUGAUGAAGCGUGCUGACGGCAGCAAGGAUGGCGUGCAAGUGGCGCAGCUUAUUCGGAAUGACGAUUUACGCACUGCGGGCUCCAAGAGGUAUUCAGGUGGCAAUGGAGGUCGUCUGGUGAUGGAUCUACGCAAGUGGCAGGGCGAAAAGACCGCUGGGCCGGGGAUAGAGGCGUUUGUUGUGGCGAGCUGUAUUUUGAUGCUCAAGAGAGAAGCGGACCGAUUUAUCAAUAACAAUAUUGCUGCCGUCUCAUGAGGAGGUUUGUGGUGAUACUGUUGGCAUUUGUACUUUAAAAUUUCCUUUUGACCCG